UUGGUGGCUCCGCGUUCGCUAGUGUUUUGCAAGACGCCGUUCGUCCGCUGUGUCUCUCACUAGACGUGCCUGAUCUGUGCUAGCGUGUGCUUCGCCGGCUCUGAGAAAAUGCCUCCCCCUUCACAGCAGCAGGUUGACAUCGUCGGUGGCGCCGGUAAGGCAGUCAUCAAGGUUGUUCAUCGAUGCACGGACGCCACAGAGAACCAGAAUCUUGAUCUCUCCGAGUGCCAGCUGAUGUCGUUCCCGGAUGCCAUCUUUCAUCUAAUGAGGAACACUCGCGUUCUGGCCUGUGACCUCUCCGGCAACGUGCUCCGCAAGAUUCCGCCUAAGCUGCCGCUCAAGUUCACCCACAUCACUGAAUUGAACUUGUCUCACAACCGGCUGAGCAGCCUGCCAGAAGAGCUGAAGGAAAUGCCAGAGCUUCGGCGGCUAGACAUAUCGUACAACGACUACAUGUCCAUGCCAUGGGUCAUAUUCCGCCUUCCGAGGCUUACAUACCUUGAUGCCCGCAAGAACUACAUCUCCGACGUGGAAGCGCCCCGGCUGCGUUCUGUGAGCACCCUGCGCGAGGUUCACUUGGAGGAGAACCCUUUGUCUGAGGAUGCCUGCCGCCGACUGGAGAACAUCUCGCAGAUGGUGAUCCACGUGACGCCUCCUGGCUCCUCCGACUCGGAUGACGAAUCCUCGUGCGACGAGAAUUGAUGCCCUCUCGCCAGCCGUGUGUGGCCCUUCGCGGCGUCAUACUGGGACCUGUUGAUGUGUGCUCCGGAAGUGGUCUCAUGUGCCAACAUUGUGAUAUUGCGGACUCUCGUAACGACACCUUCCGCACACAGCCUUGUCUUAGAUGUGUGGCCACUAAUUUUCACCGUGAAAAAAUUCCAGACACUUCGUGAAGGGCCGUGCUUGGCUAGACAGCUGUGUCAGCGAAGGAAUGGUGGACGCCAUUGAGGAGAAAACGGCGUCACUAAGUGGCUUUCAUUGUCGUGUGUGGUGUGUACACUAGCGUAAUUUGUGCCGUAUUCGCGCCCAUGGGCUCCGUGUAACCGCUUAUCAAUGUGCUGAAAAAAAUUCCAGCUCAAGCCCGAUACCUGAGAGCAAGCAUGCGUGCAUUUCUUCCUCGAUGGACGUAGAAGAAAAAAUGGAGUCACGUUAGUCCGGCGCAGUGUAGCUCUGGAAAUAUGCUCUGGCAAAUGACCUUACUCUCCACGUUUCUCGCGUCCACUUGUCCAAUGCGAACAAAGAGCGCCUUCAAGUCGUAGACCUAAGCAGCAGAGGGCCGCAGCUCGGCGCGGCUAUAUGUUGGGCCGACUAGUCCUAAUAAGCUACAAGGUACGAAACAAUUAGUAAUCGACGCAGGAGAAGUUAAAAAAUAUAACUGUUUGAUUUAGAGAUGAAAGAAACAAACACGUUGCAUCAAGUUAGGUGAUUGGUAUUGUUCUGCACUAAUUCUAUCGUUGUGAUAUCUCUCUUUGACUUUUCAACGCAAGCGACAGGUGCAGUCUACACUCAUUGCACGUUUAUGGCACAUGUCAGCAGGGAUGAAAUAGCUACAUGAAGAAUACAUAUCAAAGACUGCUUCAAAAGAAAAUGGAAUGCAGUAAAUACCGUAAAGCAAAAAAGCGUUUUAGAGGCUGGUUUGGUCAGCCAUGAGCACAUUCUAUAACUAACAACUCGGCCAUCAGUCCACAGAAGGGCAUUGUAUAUAUGUUCGUAGAGGCACUAGAACUUCUCUGUACAUACAGAUACUUAUUUUGCAUACCAUGUCAAUAAAUACUGAGAGCUUUGUUCGGCGCAUAUGGGGUGCAUGCGCUUAUUGGAUAUAUUGUCGACGGUUGCCUUCGUUAGCACGUUUUGUUUAAGAAUGGCACACUGCUAGGCUCCACUACACCCAGCAUACAUAAGCUGUACUGAGAUUUUCUUAACGAGACAGAUUCGCGUAGUUAAUCUAAAAAAGCUCAAUAUUUUGCGGGCUUUUCGGAGAUAAUUUCAUGCAUGGGGUCAUAGUGCUCCUACUGUAAACUCGAUGUUUUUAUGACUGUAGUGUUCAAUACCUCAAUCUGAUAGUAAUUGCGAUGAACUUUUACAAAAGGAGGUGUACAUCGCGACAGCGCUUCUAAAUACUACGAAAAGUUUAGAAUAUGAGAAAGAAAGCCGUACGCGUCUUAUAAGUGUACGGUGGGAAUUCUACGUGGUUGGAAUGACUCACGAUGCCUUUUUAUUUAAAAAACAACGAAUCGAUAACCACAGCAGUAUCUAAAAGGCAAAAUGAUAGCAUUCGCCAUGUCAAAUCACGACAAAAGCGCACCUUAGCUACAUUAUUGUACAUAGGAGCACAAGGCUCGCCGGACGUCAUUCCAUGUCACAGUAAACAGCCGAGUGUCUGUGACGAGCAGCUCGUCUUUGGAAGGCAUUGUACUGUGCUGCACUGCGAGUGACGUAAGUCAUGGCCAACUAUGUUGUGAUCAUUGUGUUGUACUGUGCGCGCGCUCAGCGGACAGAUAUGUGUUUGUCGCGUAGUGCAGUCAUAUGUGUGCUGCCGCAAGCCGUUGAGAGUAAGUUAAUGGUUGUAAAAAAAAAAAACAAGGUGCAGAGCUGAAAUACUUUGGACUAGAUUGCUGCAUGAAGGCUGUGGUGAACAUGGCAGCACCACCACAGCUGUUGGUGGCAAUGCUAAAGGCACCCUCAUGUCAUGUGACCUAGCGAGGAGCUUACUCGGAGUGAGUUAUUUAGUCAACUAUGCUAUGCAAUGUAAAAAGGUUAAAGCAUGGCACACAUCCUUGGCGUCGCAGUGUGCACCAUUAUAAGACAGAGAGCUGCUCUACUUGCCGUGUUCAGCCCACUUGGUUCUUUACGGUUUUCUCGCGAGGAAAUACUCAGAGACAGCAGGUUGCAGGAGGCACAAGUCAUGUAUUUCGUGUUGAGUAGUUACCAUUGGCGUGUGAAUUUUAUAGUUGCGUUAUCUUCUUUCUGUGUUCGCUGUACAAUCAGUCCUGACUGCGUUCAGCUUUGUAUGAUAGUAAUGAGGAUGAUGGUGAUCGCAGCGACCCAUUUGACAGAAAUGCCUGGAGUGAUAUGAGACUGCGAGUGCAAUAAAUGGGUAAUUCAUGUUUUUACAGAA